AUGAAGGGAUUUCUAGAGAGGAAGAAAAACGGUGAAUUUGAGAAAACGGCUCAUCACAUCCGUCUUGAUCCGGAAACUUGGGCCAUGAUCGCCUUUUUCGACAGGUAUCCAGAAGAUUCGUACCCAAGAUUAAUUCAGUGCUGCGAUAUACUCGACAAAUGGGUGACAAUAAGUGACAGCGGAGAGUUUAUCAUGGAGGAUCCGCUUUUUGAAGAUGUCCCAGUGGUUGGAUACUUUAUUGCAGGUAUCGACGAGAUCGAAGGUGAUCAUGAUGAGGCUGUGCGUGCUUGCGCAGAGUGUACAUAUGCCACAAUCUGUUUGGCUGCUACUCUGGUGGGAAGCGCUCUCCUGGGGCCUGUGGGUGCUGCAGUCGCAUCGGCGGUAGCGGGAUAUGCUGCGAUGUAUGUCAAAGCCGCUAUAGGUCGAUCCAUCAGUGACCCGGCAAUGCGCAAUGAGGUCACUGCAAUUACUGUCUAUCGUGUUCUGAUGAAUGAACUUUUCAUCAUUGCUGGGGCAGGUAUUGGUGAAAUGUCUGGAGCUUUCAGUGACCUCAUAGUUGACGAGCUACUGGCGGAUGGAGUUGAUCAAAUGCUAGCUGACAUGGCGGGGAAGCUUGGGAAAAAAGGACUGAAGUCGCUGACUAAGGAGGAGAUGAAGCUUAUCAUCGACUCUAUAUCAGAUGCUGUUAAGCACGGGAAGUCAGAAGAUGAUAUCAAACAUAUGUUUGAUGACUUCGCGAAUGAUGGAGUGGAUCUCUUGAAAGGUUGA